GUAGUCGUACAGCAAAUCGCAAGAUUCUGGUCUACUUUUUUUUUUUUUUUGGUACCAAAUUCUCCCGUCCAUGGUGGUGGUGGUGUCAGGAGUAGAUGCCGAAGAGAGUAAGUAAGGAACGGAAUAAAUCACCUGAAACGGCAACAGACAUGCUUGCAAGCCCAGGGAUAAGAUUAAUUCCGCAGUGCAGCAGCAGCAGCAGCAGCAGCAGAGCAAAGUCAAAACCCAAGGGCAAAAAGUGUGCAACAUGAGCAGUCCGGCCGAAGAGACAAGUCGGAGCCGAGACUCGGCCGCCACGGGGCUUGGCGGGGCCGCCUACAGCGACCGACAGACGCCUUCCCCAAGCUGGGCAGGCCCAACGGUUAUUGUGCAUCGAUCGAUCCACCGAUCCCGCCCGCCCACGGCUCUCCAAUCCGCCUCUCCUACGUACUCUCCUUCCCACUUUGCCUCAGCUCAGCGUCUGCUGCGCACUGCUGAACUUUCCCCUGCUCCUCAAUGGCCAUCCGACGGCUCUCAUCGGAGCCGACCGAGGCCUGGAUACCCUGCAUCCGGCUGGGGUGAUCUCGGUUCCCCUUCACCGGCCUGUGCAAUUAUCGUUUCGACAAUGGUCAUGGCUCUGCCUUUCCUUUUUGGCCGUGGCUUUUUCGACGUUGCAACUCAUUACAUCAUUUUUUGGCUGGCCAGCGAUCGGGUUCUGGCACCGGCUUCUCCUGAAACCUUCAGGCUUUAUAUAGACCCUCCCCCGAUGACUCUCCUCUGCCCAGCAUCCUUCCGAUCCACGGUUCAAUAGCAACAGCUUCUUUUUACUUCCACACCUUGCCACUCGACUUGAUAUAUUAUAUCGGUUGACCGCUACUCUACACAACAUCCACCUACCAACAUACACCACUAUCCACCCCGACCACUAGCAUGGCAUACUCCAGGCCUGACGCCUUUACGUUAGCGGACGACGAGCGGAUGUACAUGAGCCAUCCCAGUCCACUCACUCGCCCUAAUGAUACCUUCACCAAGGGACCCGAUCCUCUGUCGGCCAAUUGGAACUACGACAGUGCCAUUGAUCUGUUCUCCCUGAA